AGUUAUGCUUCCGGUUGAAGAUAGUAAUGAUUGAAUGAUUUUUUUUUUAUUUUGGAACUUUUAAAAUAUGUAAUCAAAAUGCACUUGUUAAGCUAUGGGGAACAGCAAUCAGAAGAAUCCCUUAAGAAAGGCUCAAUCGGUUCCAGAAUCCCAGUUUUUACAAGAAACAAAUCCUGAUUUUGUAAGAAGUAAAACAAGAGCAUCUGCUCGAUUGAGUCGUGGAAAGUCACAUGAACAAUUAGAGAACGAUUCCUCAACUCCAGACAAACCCAAGUGGAAUAAUGUUCCAUUGGUGGAAGCCCUGUUCCUUCCAGAUUUUCCAGUACGAGGAGAUUUUAAACAGCAAGAGUUUGAGGUUAUUGAUGUUAUAGCUAAGGGAGCUUAUGGUAAUGUGUAUUUGGUUCGAAGGGAAGAUGAAAAGCAGAACUAUGCAGUUAAAGUUAUGGGGAAAACUCAGAUUAUUGUAGAGAAUGCCAUACAGCAGUGUAAAGAUGAGGCAGCAAUCCAGGCAAUGCUUGGUGAUCAUCCAUUCAUUGUAAAGCUUCAUGAGUACUGGCAGUCUCGUAAAUUUUUAUAUAUAGUAUUAGAUUAUGUGCCAUUUGGAGACAUGUUUACAUUGUGGACAUUCCAUGGAUUUUUUCCUCAACCUUUAGUCAAGAUUUAUGUAUGUCAAUUAGCUUUAGUAAUGGAUUAUUUACAUAAUGCAGGAGUAAUUUAUAGAGAUCUGAAGAUGGAGAAUAUUUUGUUUGAUCAAGAAGGCCAUAUUCAGCUGACAGAUUUUGGAUUAUCUAAAUGGUUAACAAAAGGAGAGAAAACACGGACAAUAUGUGGUACUCUUCAAUAUAUGGCUCCUGAAGUGCUAGUCUCCCAUCCAUAUGGUCACACAGCUGACUGGUGGUCACUUGGUAUACUAAUGUUUGUCAUGUUAGCUGGCAAGUAUCCAGCAGAGGGCGCUCUCGACCACACGGAGAUGACUAAGUUAGUUUGGGAAUGUGAUUAUUUACUCCCUAACCACUGUAGUGAUGCAGCUCAGGAAGUUGUCAGCAAAUUGUUAAUAAAAAGUCCAGAAAAGAGGAUGACAGAUAUAUCUACAUUACAGAACCUUGUAUUUUAUAGAGACAUUAACUUUACUGCUGUCAUUGAGAAAAAGAUCUCACCAAAGCAUUCAGUCCCGGUUGACUUUUUCCCAAUGUCAGGUGUUAGCUUUAGCUAUGCUCCAAAUCCUGACCCUAGCUCUGCUUAUUUAUUGAAUGGCAAAGAUCCAUUUGCAGGGUUUGAUACUGUAUGGAAUCUACCUCCAGAUGCAGAAGAAGCUGUGUAUGUAUGACACAUGACAGUCAUGUGACCAUCUCUACAAGUCAGCUGAUCUACAUAUAAGUAAUCAGAAAACAGACUAAUCAUAAUCAAAGAUUUAUGUACACGAGAAAGAUUUAUGUAUGCAGGAUUAAUACUAGUCUCAUAUUGUGCUAUUGCUUCAUGUAUUAAGACAAUGAGAAGUAGUUUUUGACAAUCGCUCGUAUAUCAUUUGCAUAUUUAAAUCUGCAUGAUGUAUAUCAUUUGCAUAAUUUAAUCUGCAUGAUGUUUUUACAGGUAUAUUACCGUUUGAUAGGAAAUCUGUUUAUGUUUUCUAUGAUGGGCAUGUUGAUUUGUUUUGCUGUGGAAAUUAUUAUUGUGAUGGUGCUAAAACUAUGUAGAGUAAGCUGACUACAGAGUAACAGUGACUCAUUUAGCUUAUAUAAAACCUGAAAUCCAGAUAAUACGAGAGAUUGUAUAGUUCAGAAUCUGUAAAAUUACCAUAUUAAAAGAAUAUAGGAAAAUCUUGAACUGAUUCUUUUUGAGUGCAGAGAGCUGGGAUGUUUCACUCUAUUUUGUACAAUUAUGUUACCCUUCUGUGAAGGGCUGAAAUAUUAAAAUACCUAUUCAAUAGUUUCUUGGAUUAAGACAGCUAUUUCACAGUGGUUUUAUAGAAUAAACAAAAUUCUUUGAAUAUAAUGCAUAAGAAAAUUAAAUAUUUUGUAAAUACAUUUAAAUUCAAAUUUCUAAGAUUUAUAUUUUCGAAGUUUAUAUGCAAAGAAAAAAGAUCAAGAUGCAGUUAGUCUUAUCAAUAUAACAAGAUCAUUUAUUUCAGUGUUUAUUAUAGAGUUCACACUGGUCAGUGGAAAUAAGUCUGUAUUUAGAAACAGUAAAUAAUUAACUUAUAAAUGUAUGUCUAUAUCUAUACCAUUAUCUCAUAUGGAAAUAAUUUAAGUUAUUCAUCAACAGAAAUUACUCUAGUGAUACCAUUUUGUUAUAUUGUGCAUUAUGAGCUUUAAACUAAAGCAAAAUGUAUAAGCAAUUUUAAAAUAUAAAAACUUGUAUAGUUUCACAAAACACACACGAAUGCAGAUAUAUACCUUUUCAUUUUCAUAUAGUUGAAACUUAUCAUUAUUUUAAAUUGAUAUUGAUUUUUAUGCCCCUCCUACCAUAGUAGAGGGGCAUUAUGUUUUCUGGUCUGUGCCUCCAUUCGUUUGUUCGUUCGUCCCACUUCAGGUUAAAGUUUUUGGUCAAGGUAGUUUUUGAUGAAGUUGAAGUCCAAUCCACUUGAAAAUUAGUACACAUGUUCCCCAUGAUAUGAUCUUUCUAAUUUUAAUUCCAAAUUAUUGUUUUGACCCCAAUUCCAUGGUCAACUGAACAUAGAAAAUGAAAGUGCGAAGUUCAGGUUAAAGUCUGGGUCAAGGUAGUUUUUGAUGAAGUUAAAGUCACAUCUACUUGAAACUUAGUACACAUGUUCCCUAUGAUAUUAUCAUUCUAAUUUUAAUUCCAAAUUAAAGUUUUGACCCCAAUUUCACAGUCAACUUUACAUGGAAAAUUAUAGUGCGAGUGGGGCAUCCAUGUACUAUGGACACAUUCUUGUUUUAAAUAGAUAUGAAGACUUUAAUCAUAUACUUUAAACCAACCAAUUUUCACAAACCACUGUAACAGGUAGAAACAUAAUUUGAAUAUCUAACAUUAAUAUUUGAAAGAUAUUCUUAAAUAAGGAAGCCCUUUUUGUGAAAAUAAGUUUUAAAGUCAUAAAAAUGAAUUCUAACUAAAUGGCUGGGUUUGGAGUAAUUUUAGAGCUAGUUUUCUGUUUUAAUGAAAAAGUUAGACUGUGGACAAGGGAAGUAGUGUUAUGAUUUUAAAUCAUGUGAAAUAGUUGGUUUUGUACAAUUUUAUUUAAUUUUUAUUUUCUCAUGUAUUUAAAGCAAUUAUGCUUGUGUUGUAUUUUGGGAAGCAUGAUUUAUGAGAUGAAAAAGAAAUAUAUUUCCAAGAUGAUUAUUAAACAAAAAAAUACAUUCAAGUAGACUGACUUUGAAUUCAAUUAUUGGAUUCAUUCAAAAUGCUCAAUGCAUUCCAUAUAAUGCUUCAUUUAUAAAAGUUUUUCAGUAGACUAUUCCAUUCAUUUUGAAACAAGAUAAUUAUUUUCUGGACUAGUUUCACAAAAUGUUAUUUAAAAAAACAACUUUACCCUGAUCAAUGAAUUACAAUGUUAUAUCUGUGAUUUUAAUAUUGCAUUACUUUCCAUUUUUUUCUUUUUUUUUUAUGCCAUACCAUGAAUCUGAUUCAUAUGUUCAUGAGUACUGUGGAUUCAUUUAUAUUUGUUGGAUACCAAUUCUCAUGGACUCAUGUGUACAGGUAAAUGGCGAAUUUGAAUGGUCAAUGAAAUGCAAUAUUUCCAUUGGCUUGUAUGCAGACUUUAGCAAAACAUUGGAACAAAAUAUCCAAGAAAGUGUCAGUUUUUCUUAAUCCACUAAAAUUGUUUCGACAAAAAAUAAAUGAAUCCACAGUAAUUAUAAUGGCACAGAUGACUUACAUUCAGUAUUGAUAGUUUAAGAAGGAAGUUAUUGGUUUUAAUUUAUUAAGCAUGAUUGAGGAUGUAUGAGUUGUAAAUGUGCUUUUAAGCUUUGAUUCUUUUAUUGAUUUUAGUAAGCUGGUUACUAACAGCAUGUAUCUGUUUUAUACUUAACAAUUAUUCAAACUUAAGUGUAUUUUUUAGAUGCUUUUACCAUGACUGAUAAUUUGAAAAUUGUCUCUUGUCAGUUCUUUAAUGUACCAACUGUAACAUUGUAAUGAUACAUCAAUGAAAAUACCAAAAGAAAUAACUAAUAUUGAACUAUUUUUAGAUGCAUGUGCAAAAUCAGAUUUUUGAAAAUUGGAAGUGUUGUUAAUUUUAAUACAAUUUUUUUUUAAGAAUGAUUUAUGAAAUAUCAUAUAGUUAAUGCUUAGCUAUUGAAUGUUGCUACAGACAGUAUAUACUAUUGUCAGUCAAUUUUGGAAAGGUUUGUUUUCAAUCUCAAAAAAAUAUUAGAACAGAAGAAACUAUUCUUAUCUGUUAUUUACUUAAAAGAAAUUAAAUGGUGAAAAACUGAAUAAAACCAAACAUUCCAAUGCUUAUUCCAAUGUUUAUAGAUUCCAUUUUACGCUUUACUUUUUGUAGCAUACAGUAAGAUAUUAUUGAUUUAUACCUACGCAUUUAUCUUCAAAGAUGUGAUAUUUUUCUAAACUUUAUCUCUACUACAAUAUUAUCUUAUAAUCCUUUUUUACUAUUUUAUAUUAAUGUAAAUGUAUCUGUUUAAAUUGACUGUUUUUUUAUCAAAAGAUUUGAAAUUUGUAAUUUCACACGGAUUGCCAACUUACACAAUUGAAAUGGAAAUUAAAAUGAAUUUUCCUUACUUUUCCAAAACUUUUUGAAAAUGGAAAAACUGAAACUUGGUUUAAUAAUGCCCCUAUGAGAAUGUGAAGAUCCCAAUAGAUUUUGAGGUUAAAGGUCUAGGUCACAAGUUUCUGGUUAAAAUAAUUUCCAAUUUUUACCAAACUUUGUUUAUAUAAAAUUCUCUAUUGAAUGGAGAAGAUUUAAGGUAAAGAGGUCAAAGAGCAUAAAAGCCUUUGAUGAGGCUAAAAUUUGGGAAAAUGUUUUGUUUCCGGAAAUAAUGUUGUGAGCCAUAUCUGAUAUUACCACACUUUAUUUGAUUAUACCUGAACAUGAUAUGACAAAGAUGGUUUUUGGUUAACACAUAGUGCUUUUUUUAAUUACUAUUCUGUUUAAAUUUAUCGAUUCUCAUGUCACUCACUUCAUCCCUCAAGUUUUGUCAACUUUAUGGUUGAUAUAAUAUUUAAACGAAAGUACAACAAAAGAAGGUUUACCUUAAUGAUGUGAAGAAGGAAUUUGCAUAGCUUUUAAAAUAUAUGUGAAUGUGUACAGAGAAAAUAAUAAUGUUUACAUUUUAUCUGUAUCAGUAUAUUCAGAUCUGAGAUGGUUUUAAGUAUAAAUACAUCUUUUGCCAUGGAAAUAUUGCUUUGUGUAGCUCUUUAGAUAGUUUCAAAGCAAAUGCAGGCCAUGGAUAUUUUUAAAUGUCAUGUUUAAAAAAAAAAGAACUGUAAUUAUCAUGAUUAAAGUAUUUGAGUUAUCAAUUAGGUGUUAUGAAUUAUGAAUUCCAGAUAAAAAAAUGUGUCUUCAUUUAUAAACAGGAUUUAUAAAUAUAUAAACAGCUUAAGGAAAAAAGUUGCCAUAAGGAGUACAGACAUAUAUAAUUUUGUUGGUACUUCAUAAGACAAGAAUAAUCAUGACAUGUACUGCUUGAUAUUGAAAAUUCUCUUUGUGUUUUGAAUGCAUGAUCUGUGGAUAAUUAGAAUUUGUUUUUCAUUUUACAUUCAUCUUUUUACUUGUUAUUCAUAGAUACGAUAAAAUUAGAUUAAGGAGUUAAACUCUAAUAAAUAUACACUAUUUAAAGAGGAUGCAUCCAAGCAUAGUUUUGAAAUUGUUUUUUUUUUAUUAAUAUAUGUUGUAACCAUAAGUUGUGGUCUUUUAUUUAUGCAAAUAUUUCUACUAGGUUAGUAUCACUUUUCAUACUGGCAUUAUUUGACUUAUACAUCUUAACUGCUAGCUACCAGCUCAUAUAUAUUUUCAUAGGUUGUAAACUAAUUAGGUAAUGUAGACCUCAGAAGAGGGUUUUUGCUUCUUCUUUUUUUUAAUGUUUAUUUUAUUCACUUUCCAACUUGGUUGUCUUAAUUUGAAUCUUAAAGGUAUGUAAACCAUCUGCAUAGGUACGAGUGCUUUAGUGCUUAGUUGAUUCAGACUAGUGUUUUCAACUCCUUCAGACACAGAUAAUAUUAGGCAGUUUUGGCUCCAUUGUUAAUCAUAACAUUUUGUAUAAUAUAUUUUUUCUAAAAAUGUGGUAUCCAUUAUAUAAAGGAUAUAUAGAAACAGUUGUAGUGUUCAUGUUAAUUGGACGGGUAUAAGACCUCUUUUUUUAAAUCAAUUAUAAG